AUUUGGCAAAUUCUGCAAGCCGGGUAUGCACACUUCUCUUCCUAUCCUAAUGGAUAGGCAGCUAAUGUUUUUGUAGGACGCCCCGUGAAGAUGUCCAAAAACCGUUUUCGUGAGCAAUCUCUUGCUCCUGGAACUGACAGCGUUCUGGUUCGCGCUACGGUCGAUGGCAAGCUUGCUGGACACGCCUUUGCAACUUUCUGGGCCUAUAAGUGUCGCAAAACUGGCUGGAUUACUCAAUUAUGUGUCGGUCGGGAUUUCAGGCGCAAUGGGUUGGCAACGAAGAUCUUAUUGAAUCUGCGUAAGAAUGAGCACGACCGCAGUUUCGGAAUCCUCUCGUCUCAUCCUGCUGCUGUCCGUGCCGUUCUUCGAGCCUUUGGAAGCGGGAUUAAGGACGCGGAUUUAAGCAUGAUGAAAGAGCUUGCACCGGCCAUUAUGGAGUCAUCCCCAGUUUCUUACGUCAAGAUGUCUAAACCUAUGGGUUCCUUAUUUGAUCAGAGCGAUCAGACAGGUGCUAUUUGCUGCGCUGAUACUGGAUUCUGGGUUGAUCAUGCUGAGCCCGAGGCUGCGCUGAAUAUUACUAAAAAAGACGGUAUAAAGUGGCCGUUUGGAGACUUGCCUGACGGCUGCGAGUUCUUGGUCUUCGUCAGUAGAUCUUCUGCUACAUAAUGCCGCAGUCUACAACAACACACGAAACCGAAGACCUGAUGGACUCCAGGGUAAUGUAGUCCCCUGGGCUGUAAACGCAGUGGCAUAUUGCUUCAAUUGCGUGUGUUGUAGCAGGCUAGGAGGAAGAAUCCGCUAAAAAUGUCUGGUCCUUUCCCUUG